AUGAUUCAGGGCAUUUUCUAUGCAAGGUUUCUGCCCAAGGAGGGCCCGCACAUUGUGGCUCAGUCACCGCCGGGAUGCAUCACAUCCGCGCCCGGCGCGACGAAGCCGCCGCUCAUCGACUGGGACGUGAUGCAGGAGUACAUCAUGCCGCGCAAGGCCUUCUUCAAUCGCUACAUGACGGUGCAGGACCCGGAGGGCAAGUACGCCGUCCUGGGGUUCCCAGUGCUGAUCCCGCAUGAGAAGUACCAGCGCAACGAGUUCAUCUUCAACUUUGGCAUCGUGCUGGAUGUCGACGCGGACCAGGCGCCGUACGAGCCGGUGGUGCGGCGGCUCGCCGUCACGUUCAAGGAGAUGGAGAAGCAGAACGAGUAUCUGAGCCAGGAGGGCUCCGGGGGAGGGGAGCGCAGACCGAUUGAGACGCUCUUGGAGAUUGUCAAGGAGGAUUUGAAUAAUUACGGCGAGUGCAUGAUUCCCGUCGACGACGCCAACACAAUCAACAUGAAGCUCUUCCCGCACCACGCCACCCCGCCGCAGGUAAAGGGCUGGCACGUACCGGUCGCCAAGAUGAAGUUCGCCGAGAUCGUCGACCCGACGUGGGACCUGACGAUGCAGAAGGUGGUCGCGCACAUUGACGGCGUCAACGACGUACGGCGCAUCGCCUGGGCCGCCGACGUGUCGCUGGACCUCGCCAAGCUCGCGCUGCGCCACCUGCUCUACUACGACACCGUACUGCUGCUGGACAUGUUCUUCUUCGGGUCAUGCUACGCGCCGCGGCCGGGGAUCCACGACUUCGUCGCGGACCGCGACGGCAUCGUCGACGAGUGUGCGGCGUACGUGUGCAUCCACGCCCGGCAGCGCAUCAGCAACUUCAUGCUGAUCAAGCUGAUGACGAGCUUCUGCGUGGGCAAGAGCGUGAUGGAGUGGCUGCGCGGACACCAGGAGGCCGGGUUCGACGUGCUGCGGUAUGUAGAUGUGCGCCGGCUGGUGCAGUUUGGCGUGAUCAAAGGGUGUCUUUACCGUGCGCACAAGUAUGUGGUCUCGAAGCAGUACCUGGCGGCGCUGGCGACAGGGCAGGCGAGGCCCAAGGCCGGCGGGGAUCCUUUGCAGAAGUAUACGGACGGGUGCCACACGUUUGACCAGAUCAUCACGGAGAACAACCUGACGGAUGCAGAGAUUAUGGAGAAGCUCAAGGCUCUGCCGGUGCCGAGCGGGGAUUUGACGGUGUUCUAUCGUUGA